AUGGUGUUGCUUCAGAUAGGGUUUGCAGGGAUGUAUGUGCUCACGAUGUUUUCGUUCAAACGCGGGAUGAGCAUUUAUGUCUUUACGGUCUAUCGUCAUGUCGUUGCCACUCUCGUCAUUGCUCCUUUCGCUCUUCUUCUCGAAAGGGACACAAGGCCCAAGUUGACGUUCCGUGUGUUCUUGAGGAUAGCCAUGCUUGCAUUCUUAGAACCCGUGCUGGACACUGAUUUGUAUAAUGUGGGAAUGAAAUACACCACCGCAACAUUUGCAUCUGCAACUCUCAACACCAUACCUGCCAUUACCUUCAUUUUGGCUCUCGUUUUCAGGUUGGAGAGUGUAAACAUAAAGAAGGUGCAUAGUGUAGCCAAGGUGAUUGGAACCCUAAUCACAUUCUUAGGAGCCAUGGUCAUGACAUUCUACAAAGGCCACGUUUUGGCCUUCGUAAGCUCCCACAAUAAUAAUAAUAAUAAUCAUGGCGAAGGAGAACAACAUUGGGUCAUUGGGACGGUCUUGCUCUUUGCCAGUUGCAUUGCCUGGGCUGCUUUCUUCAUCCUCCAGGCAUUGACGUUGAAGGAAUAUCCGGCAGAGUUGUCUCUGACGGCGUUGAUGUGUUUGAUGGGAUCCGUGGAAGGAGCAAUCGCCACUCUUGUUAUGGAGAACAACAUGAGUGUCUGGAAGAUUGGCUUUGAUUCCGGCCUCCUUUCUGUCGCUUACUCCGGAGUGGUUUGCUCCGGGAUCGCGUACUACGUGCAAGGAGUUGUGAGCAGAGAACGUGGCCCAUUUUUCGUGUCCGCUUUCAGCCCGCUCUGCAUGAUUUUCACGGCUUUUCUCGGUUCCAUUUUCCUUGCUGAAACUUUGCACCUUGGAAGCAUAUUAGGGGCAAUUCUCAUAGUGUUUGGGCUUUACACACUUGUUUGGGGAAAGAGCAAAGAACCGCUACUAACUACAACCGCAAUAGCAGAAGACACAUUUUUGGAGGAGACUAAAAUCAAUGUGAAAGAUGGGAAAACUUCCGGCGACCACAAUGGCCGCCGGGAACUGCCACCUACUACCGGUACUUAUAUGUUGAACUGUUGA